CGUAACGCGCGUAGCCCGGCCGCAGUUCCCCUUCCUGGAUCCGUCCCCAGAACUCGCGGCCGUCAGCCCCCUCCGCCGCGCAGUCAUGGCCGGGUCCUUCUCUCUGGCCGACUGUGAAGUGUUCGCCUUCGACCUCGACCACACGCUGUGCCGCUACCACCUGGUGGAAAGCAGCCGGCUCAUAUAUGACAGCUUUGCUCAGUACUUGAUAACAGAAAAAGGAUAUGAUAAAGAACUGCUGAAUGUGCCAUCAGAGAGCUGGGAUUUCUGCUGCAAAGGCAUCAUUCUGGAUAUGGAAGAUGGGAACUUCCUUAAGCUUGCAUGUGAUGGAACUGUGUUAAGGGCAAGUCAUGGUACAAAACACAUGACCUCUGAAGAGAUCCUAGAGAAAUAUGGAAGAAGAGAGUGGAGAUAUUUUAAGACCAUGAGUGGAAUGGUUUCUCGUUCAGCUAAGUAUUACGUCUAUGACAAUUACUUUGACCUGCCAGGAGCUCUUCUUUGUGCAAGGAUUGUGGAUACUUUAAACCAACACAAUGCGAACCAGAAAUAUGAUUUUUGGAAAGAUAUAGUUGCUGCCAUACAACAUAACUAUAAAACUUCAGCUUUUAAAGAAAACUGUGGAACAUACUUUCCAGAAGUGAAAAGAAAUCCAGAGAAAUAUAUACAAAGUUGUCCUGAUUCUGUUAAAAAGUGGCUAAGAAAAUUGAAAGACAGCGGGAAGAUUCUCCUAUUAAUUACCAGCUCUCACAGUGACUACUGCAGGCUCUUAUGUGAGCACAUAUUAGGGAAUGACUUUGCAGAACUUUUUGACAUUGUGAUCACAAAUGCCUUGAAACCUGGUUUCUUCUCUCAGCCACCAAAUCAGAGACCUUUCCGAACACUGGAGAAUGAUGACGAGCAAGAGGCCCUUCUAUCCUUGGACAAACCUGGUUGGUACUCCCAAGGUAACAUAAGUCAUUUGAACGAGCUGCUGAAGAAGAUGACUGACAAGUUAGAACCAAAGGUUGUUUACUUUGGAGACAGCAUGCACUCAGACAUUUUCUCUGCCCAUCAUUAUAGCAACUGGGAGACUGUGCUCAUCUUAGAGGAACUGAGAGGGGAUCCCAUUAUGACACCUUCAGAGGCAGAGGCUGAGCCCUUAGAAAAAAAGGGAAAGUAUGAGGGAUAUCAUCCAAAAUCUCUUCACGCCAUUUCUAAACAAUGGGGUUCUUUCUUUGUGGAUACCAUUUCAUCAGCAGAAGAUGCAGCAGGAACCAUACUCAAAACAUGGUCUUGCAAUUGUGUUAAUGCUUAUAGUACCAUCGCCAUUCCCAGUAUUGAAUCAAUAGCAGAUUUACCCUUGGAUUAUAAAUUCCCCAGAUUUUCUUCAAAAAACUCAGUAACUGCUGGGUAUUUCCCCAAACCUCCAAGAUCAUUAGCUAUUCUUCAGCCAAUGGAUACCAAAUAGGUCAUCUUUAAAGGAAAUAAAAGUUAUGUUGCUUUUAUUGUUUGAAUGAUAUUGGAUGCUAAUUGAGAAAUAUACUUUGCUACCUAACAUCAAAAGAUGAAUGUAAAAACAGCAAAAAAAACCUACACAAAAGACUUGCUUUUUUUGUUUUUUACAGCAUGAAUCGAACAGAUAAUAAUGGAUGUUUGUUUUCCCAUCUUGCUUCUUGAGAAUUGCUACAGAUUUUCCAGUUCAUUGUAUAAAUAUUUUGACAGUAUUAGUGUAGUUACAUUGCAGGAUUGCCAAGUCAUUUCCUAUGGUGGGGAAGGAAGCAUGCGUCCCAGGGUUUCACAGCACACCUUCAGUAAUGUAUAAUGCAAGGGUUUAUUUAGCACAUUCAGUUUCAUGUACAUGACAGUACAAUUUGUGUUUUGUCCCCCUUAAAAAUGAAAAGGAAAAUUGCAUGUGAGACCAUUAUAUAUACAUCUUGAGGUUCAUAGUAAAUGGGGAAAGGCUUACUUAUUUUACAACAGGAAGGAACUCAGUGGACCAAUCAGUGGACCAAACUGAGCUAGAGUUUUACAAUAGGUUAACAUUCAGGGCUCUGAUUUUUAAUCCCAUUGAUUGAAAUCAAAGUUAAAUUAUAGUAUUUUAACCUCAGAAAGUGAUUAGGAAAACAUUACUGAGUGUACCUACUUUAAAACACUUAUAAAAUCCAUCCUGACAGAUUUCUCUAGAUAAAUCCUGAAUUGACAACAAAGCACUUGAUAGUUAAAAACAAGAAAUCAGUUUGUCUGAUACCACACUUUGUCCUGAUCUAUAAGCCAAUUUCAUUGCCUGUCCCAAAAGACUUGUCUGAAUCACCUACAUGAUCAUCUUACCAACAUGAUUCCCCCCUACCCCUAACUUCUUGUUUUGACAGGAACCUGAACAAUUAUUUAACGGCAUGGUCGAGGCUCAUUACUUUGACUGAAUCCAAAGACUAGAUGAGGGUUCUUGGAUUGGAGAAUGGUUAAAAUGAAAACUUUUCAGAGGGAUCAGACCUCUUUCAAGGACUGUAUGGAGCCAAAAUCUUAUUUAAACUUACUUGAGAACAAGUCUCAUAGCAUGAAGGCAAACUUCUGAGUAAUAAUGAAUACGGUUUGGCUGAAAGUCGAUGUGUAUGUUCACAAAUGGUUUUUGCAGCUGUAGAAACCUUGAUAUGCCAAAUUGUAAACAACCUGUCUUAUAUGUGGUCUUUUCCCUAAGAAAGGAUGAUGUGUUGUAACAAUGAAUAAUUAAAAUUUAAGCAUCUGGUUGCAUAAACUUGAAAACAGUUUCAAAUUUUUCAGUCUGCUUUGACAAG